UGAGGCUCUGUCCACACCUCAGAAGGGACCACGGAGCUCACAGCCCCUGGCCUGAGCCCCCGUUACCGAGAGAGAGGAGGCUGUUGCCAAGGACUCCAGGGGAGUGGACUCGACUCUGGUCCAGACCCAAGGCACCCAGGCCUCCUGGAGACAUUGUGUGAGCGGGCUGGGCCUCCAGACACAGCCCCCGCCGCCCCACCCCAGCCAGGGUGGUGCUUGUGUGGGAAGGGACUUUUAAGUCCAGCCGCCCCGCGGACCCCUGAUCGGGAGAGACAGAGGGAGCUGGCCACCAUGCACAGCUCCUGCAGCCUCUGGGCGACACUGUUCCCACUGCUGCUGCUGACUGCCACAGGCCCCACCUCAGCCCUCACGGAGGGGGAGAAGCAGACCGUGGUGGAGCUUCACAACUUCUACCGUGCCCAGGUGUCCCCUCCAGCGUCAGACAUGCUGCAGAUGAGGUGGGACGAUGAUCUAGCCGCCUUCGCCAAGGCCUAUGCGCAGAAAUGCGUGUGGGGGCACAACAAGGAGCGGGGCCGGCGUGGAGAGAACUUGUUCGCCAUCACCGACCAGGGCAUGGACGUGCCGCUGGCUGUGGGGAACUGGUAUGAGGAGCGGGAGCACUACAACUUCAGCACGGCCACCUGCGAUCCCGGCCAGAUGUGCGGCCACUACACUCAGGUAAUCUGGAGCAAGACCGAGAGGAUCGGCUGUGGUUCCCACUUCUGUGAGACGCUCCAGGGAGUGGAGGAAGGCAACAUCCAUUUGCUGGUGUGCAACUAUGAACCCCCGGGGAACGUGAAGGGGCGCAAGCCCUACCAGGAGGGGACUCCUUGCUCCCAGUGCCCCCCUGACUACAGCUGUGAGAACGCUCUCUGUGAGCCCACAAGAAGCCCGGAAGAGGCGCAGGAUUCGCCUCCACGGGUGACGGAGGUCCCUUCCACCCGGGCAACUGAAGCCCCAAGCUCCAGGGAAACCGGUACUCCGUCCCUAGCAACCUCUGAGACUCUACAUUUCUCCUCGGUAACAGAGGUCUCGGACUCCCUGGCAACCGAGUCCUCACCUGCGUUAGAAACAAAGGCCCCAUCUUCCUUAGCAACGGAAGGCCCCUCCUCCAUGGCAACAGAGGCUGAGUCUUUCCUAGCGGAGGUCCCCUCCGUUUCCACCACGCACAUCCAGCCCUCACUGGAUGAGGGGCCAGUUAAUUUCCCCACAUCAACACAUAUCCCUGACCCCGAGUCUACGGACAAAGAAGCCAGCAAGUCGAGCGCAACCUCCGUGAGCCCAGCGAAAUCUCUGUACCCCACGAUGUCCCUGACACAGACAGGAGAGACCCUACCCCAGGCCCAGGUGGAGGCUGAGGCAGAGGCUGAGUUGCCUGAGGUGGUGGCCGAAUUGCCUGAGGCGGAGGCCGAGUUACCUGUUUCCAGUGAGGUGUUGGGUCCAGUCCAGGAGCAUGGUGGGCCGCAGGCCUCACUGGACCACUCGGGCCACCCUGCCUCCAGCUUCCCCAGUGCCUCUGCCUCGGCUAAUGCCACAGGCGGACGCACCCUGGCCCUACAGUCACCCUGGACAGGUGCAGAGGACCCUGAAGAGGCCGGCUUGGAUCUGAAGCACAGUUCUGGUCAUGUAUGGGGCCCUUUCCUGGGACUGCUGCUGCCUCCCUUGCUGUUGGCUGGAAUAUUCUGAAGGGGACACUCAAAGGCAAGGCCUGCCCUCAAACAAGAUUCUGCCUGGCUAACAGCCCUCUGGAAGGGAAAAGCUGUGGGGUCCAGCUCACCAGAAACUGCACACCAGGGCCCGCAGACAGCAUGAUUCUGAGGAUACCUGCCUGCCCCACAGGGUGGAGGUGGGGGUGCUGUCUGUCUGCGGACUCUGGGGCUCCCCAUCUCCGAGUGCCCAUGUGGCUUGGAUGUCAGACCAUGAGGGGCAUCUGAAGAACAAGCCCCACCCAAGUGGGGUUCUGUGGCUGGGGAGACAGGGAGCCGGUAACCGAGGUGGCCUUGACUCCUGAAUAAAGCCUGUCUAAGUCUCUGCUCACAUGA